AUGGUUAAAUCAUACAAAUCAAUUGUGGUUAACGAACCAGGUGCUCCUUUCACUUUCAUUGAGCGACCCAUUCCAACUCCUGGAGAUGACGAGGUUCUUGUCAAAGUUCUGGCCUGUGGUAUUUGUCAUUCUGAUCAUGUCACUACUGACGGCCAAUUCCCUGGUAUUCAGUAUCCCCGAGCCCCUGGCCACGAAGUUGUUGGCGAUAUUGUUUCUGUUGGUUCUGGCGUUAGCAAAUGGACAGUUGGCGACAGAGUCGGCGCUGGUUGGGUUGCUUAUUACUGCGGUGAAUGUUAUCAAUGCAAAGCCGGUGAGUUCCCCCUCUGUGUAAAUGGAAAGGUCACUGGUGUUCACAAUGACGGUGGCUAUGGUGAAUACACCAUUGUCCACAAAACCGCAUUGGUUUCAAUUUCUAAGGAAUUGGAUCCUGUCCUUACUGCACCUCUUCUGUGUGCCGGAUUGACUGUGUUCAACGGAUUGCAACAGGUCCACAACUUGCAAAAGGGUGACCUUGUUGCUGUUCAGGGCAUUGGCGGUUUAGGAAGUCUUGCUAUUGGAUUUGCCAAGCAACUGGGCUACCGAGUGGCUGCUCUGUCAUCCGGCGAAGCAAAGAGAGAUUUGGCACACAAACUAGGUGCUGACUACUACCUGACUCCUAAAGACGGCAAACAGUCUGAACAACUGAUCAAACUGGGCGGACCCAAGGUCAUUGUCUCAACAUCGGCCGCCUCCGAGCCCGUUUCAGACCAGUUCGAGUCGCUAACAGGCGGCGGCACCUUCCUUCUGAUCGCUCCUCUCGAGAGUUUCCAGAUCAACUCAGUCCCUGUUCUCACUAAAAAGCUCCGAGUACAAGGCGUCAACACUGGAUCCCCCGAGGAAGCCGAAAAGACCAUUAAAUUCGCCGGCGACCACAACAUCCAGCCCAUGGUCGAGGCAUACAACGCAUACGACCUCGACCAGGUCAACGCCGGCUUCCAAGCCAUGGACAACGGCACCGCGCGCUUCCGCGGCGUCCUCAAAUUCUACUAA